AUGCCCGCAAGAACAGACGUUGCUUAUUUUGGAGCCGGACCGGCCCCGCUUCCCACUCCUGUCCUUGAGAAAGGCGCCGCAGCAUUCGUUAACUACGAGAACUCGGGACUUGGACUUGCUGAGAUUUCUCAUCGUUCAUCUACCGCAACGAGGAUUCUGGACGAGACCAAAAAGGCAUUGAUAUCGUUGCUAAAUAUUCCAGACAAUUAUGAGAUCCUAUUCCUCCAUGGAGGAGGGUCUGGUGAAUUCAGCGCUGUGGUAUUCAACAUGGUAGCCGUGUGGGUUGAGAAGAGGAGAAGGCGAGCCCAGAAAGAAUUUGGAGACAACGACGAAGCCAUUCUGCUCAGAGUCAAGGAAGAAUUGAAUUACUCACUGCGCUUGGACUACUUAGUGACUGGAUCAUGGUCGUUAAAAGCGUCCCAAGAGGCUGCUCAGCUCCUGGAACCACUGGGCCGAAAUUUCGUGAAUGUCGCCCUCGAUGCACGCGAGGCGAAUGGGGGCAAAUUUGGGACCAUACCGCCUGAAGACACCUGGAGUUUAACACCAGCCGAUGCCAAUGCAGGGUGCGGUAGUGCCUUCGUGUAUUACUGCGACAACGAGACCGUUGACGGAGUCGAAUUUCCUAGCUUUCCCAAGUCAUUGCAGCCGCAGGCAGGAGAAGACGAGAGACUCGUGGUCGCUGACAUGAGCUCUAACUUUCUCAGCCGUCAAGUCGACAUAAGUAGAUUUGCACUCGUAUUUUGCGGUGCGCAGAAGAACAUAGGCAUAACGGAUUUGACCCUGGCAAUUGUCCGGAAAGACUUGUUAACCACAAUGCCCUCGCCUUCAUUCUUGCACAAGGUCGGAGUAUGGUCCCCACCCACAAUCCUGAACUGGUCUGUUAUCAGUAAGAACAAUUCUUUAUACAACACGAUGCCCAUCUUCUCCAUAUGGAUCGCUGGUGAGGUAAUGCGUAGGCUACUCGCCUCAUACGGGGACUCGAAAGUUGCCGGCCAAGAAGCUGUAUCAAACGCGAAAGCAGAGACCAUCUACCGUGUUCUAGAUGCGAACCCGGAAGUCUACCAGCCUGUAAAUCACAAGAGUGUAAGGAGCAGAAUGAACAUCUGCUUCCGGGUCAAAGAUGCCGCCACCGAGGAGGAGUUCCUGGAAGGGGCGGAAACUCGUAUGCUGCAGGGGUUGAAAGGCCAUCGAAGCGUUGGCGGGAUUAGGGCGAGCAAUUACAACGCGGUACCAAUGGCCAACGUGCAGAAGCUGGCCGAAUAUCUGUCGGACUUUGCCCGGGCGAACAGUAGCUGA